CCGACGCGACUACUUUCUCCCCAAGGCUCCUUCACCUUCAGGCAUCGCUGAAAAUGGAGACCCUGAGCAGAGUCCGGACACUGAGCCGGGCAUUGGUGGUAGCCACGAAGCUUGGGGCCUGGAGAAGCCUGAUCACCACGGCUGCCACACACCCUAUCCACAGACUCGCCAUGGAAGAGGGGAAGGUGGAGGGUGUCUAUCCUGUCACCAUGGUUCCUGGCGACGGGGUGGGGCCUGAGCUCAUGCUGGCUGUCAAAGAAGUCUUUAAGGCAGCCAGGGUGCCUGUGAAAUUUCAGGAGCAUCAUCUGAGUGAAGUGCAGAAUUUUGCCUCAGAAGAAAAACUGGAGCAAGUGCUGAACUCCAUAAAGAAAAACAAGGUGGCCAUCAGUGGGAAAAUCCACUCCCCGAUGGAUACAUUGUACACCGGGGACUUGACUUCGUAUAACAUGCAGCUCAGGCGCAAGCUGGACCUGUUCGCCAAUGUCGUUCACGUCCAGAGCCUCCCGGGCUUUAAGACUCGGCAUAACAACCUGGACUUGGUGAUCAUCCGUGAGCAGACAGAGGGGGAAUACAGCUCGCUGGAGCACGAGAGCGUCAGGGGAGUGAUUGAGUGUUUGAGGAUCAUCACGCGGGACAAGUCCGAGCGGAUCGCCAAGUUUGCUUUUGAUUAUGCUACCACUAAGGGUCGCGGGAAGGUCACGGCGGUGCACAAGGCCAACAUCAUGAAGCUGGGUGACGGGCUCUUCCUGAAGUGCUGCGAGGAGGUAGCCGGGCUGUACCCCAAGAUCAAGUUUGAGACCAUGAUCAUAGACAACUGCUGCAUGCAGCUGGUGCAGAAUCCGUACCAGUUUGAUGUGCUCGUGAUGCCCAAUCUCUAUGGAAACAUCAUUGACAACCUGGCGGCGGGUCUGGUGGGGGGCGCAGGCGUGGUUCCUGGCGAGAGCUACAGCGAUGAGUGCGCUGUUUUUGAAACCGGUGCGAGACACCCAUUUGCUGAGGCGGUGGGCAGGAACAUUGCUAACCCCACUGCCAUGUUGCUGUCCUCCAGCAAUAUGUUGAAGCACCUCAGCCUGGACUAUCACUCCAGAAUGAUUGCUGAGGCUGUAAAGAAGGUGAUCAAAGUGGGCAAAGUUCGGACAUCGGACAUGGGCGGCUACAGCUCCACGACCGAGUUCAUCAAGUCUGUCAUCAGCCACCUUCAGCCGCCUUAUGGGAUCUAGAACCCUUUCCCAUUUUCUUACCCAUGAAUAGAUCACCUGGACAACUCCCAACCUUGCUUCCACAAAUGGACUAUAUGAAGGAACCUGCCUCCACCCCAUUCCUUGGGACAGGAUCUCUUAUCUACGGCUGUUUGUGCUUUUGUCUCAAUAAAAACAUGGACUAGGAAAAAAAAGACUAA